UCCAAGAACCUAAUUUAGAAAAAAGAUUAAGAAUUGGUGGCAAGCCAAGCCAUGACCACCAAAGCCCAUCAUCUCCUCCUCCUCCUUAUCUCCACCGUCCUCCACCUCUCCACCUCCACUUUUGCCAUCGGUGUUAACUAUGGAACUGUUGGCAACGACCUUCCAACACCCUCUCAGGUUGCCAACUUCCUGAAAACACAAACGAUAAUCAAUAGCAUUAAGAUCUUCGAUUCAAAUCAUGACAUUAUUCGUUCUUUUGCCAAUACUGGCAUUAGUGUGACGAUCACGAUUGGCAAUGGAGAUAUUCCUGCUCUUGCCAAUCUAGGCAAUGCUCGCAAAUGGGUUGCUGCUAAUGUUUCACCUUUCCAUCUUCGUACAAAGAUUAACAGAAUUUGUGUUGGUAAUGAAAUCAUGGCCUCCGCAAAUAAGGCUUGGAUUUCUAACCUUGUUCCUGCCAUGUGGAACGUUCAUAAUGCUCUUCUUCUCGCUGGAAUUAGAGGCAUUCAGGUGACAACACCACACUCUCUUGGCAUACUCUCAAUCUCGGAACCACCAAGUGCAGCCCAAUUCAGGCGAGGGUACGACCGAGCCAUAUUUGCACCUAUGCUCAAAUUUUUACGUCAAACACGAUCACCUUUCAUGGUUAACCCGUACCCUUAUUUUGGCUACUCUCCACAAAUGGCUAACUACGCUCUCUUCAGGCACAAUAAAGGGGUUCAUGACCGAUUCACUGGUAUUACUUACCAUAACAUGUAUGAUGCGAUGCUUGAUGCUGUUCAUUCUGCCAUGAAAAAAUUAGGUUAUGGUGAUGUGGAUAUUGUGGUGGGCGAGACCGGUUGGCCCUCCCUUUGCGACCCAGGCCAACCUGCUUGUAGUGCCCAGAAUGCAGCUUGGUUCAAUGGGAAUUUGGUUAGACGUGACCAGCAGAGAAGGGGUACGCCAUUGAUGCCCAACCGACGGUUCGAGACGUAUAUUUUCUCCUUGUUCAAUGAGAAUCUUAAACCCGGUCCGAUCGCAGAGAGAAACUUCGGUUUGUUUAGACCGGAUUUUACCCCGGUUUAUCAUGUUGGGAUUAUGCGCAAUAGACAGCUGCCGGCGGGUGGUCGCCGCCGUGGUGGGAGAGUUGGAGGUAGAGUAGCACCAAGACCAAUAGGGAAGAGGUGGUGCGUGCCAAAGGCAAGUGCUAGUGUUCAAGCAUUGCAAGCAAAUAUAGACUACGUGUGCAGCCAAGGCGUGGAUUGCAGGCCCAUCCAGGCUGGUGGUGUCUGUUUCGAUCCCAACAGUGUUUGGUCUCAUGCAUCUUUUGUAAUGAACUCUUUCUACCAGACCCAUGGUGCCAGAGAUUUUGCUUGUGACUUCUCUCAAACUGGCGUCCUCACUCAUGUUGACCCAAGUCACGGCACAUGUAAAUACAUUUAAAAUCAAGUUCAGCUGAUCAGCGUUUGUACAAGGGUUCCUAGGAAUUAACUGGUUGGAGGCCCACUUUGUAAUG